ACAUAUUACCACUCUUUGAAAUUUGAGUCUUACCAAAAAGGAGGUUUCUCUCUCUUUUUCUCACAGGAAAAAUAGGGGAAGAAGAAGAAGAAGAAUCCAUGGAGUUUCUCUCACUACACCACACCAGAAAUGGAGAUUAGCAAAAAGGGAAAAUACCCACAUUACUAUUACCAAUGGGCAAAGUAGAGGAAGAAAAUCAACUACCAAUAUCAUCAGUAGGUGCAAACAGUACAGACCAAAAUGUAGAGAAUAGGUGUGGAAGAUUCAGUAGGUGGGUUAAGUUUAGAUGUGUACUUGCUUUGCUGUUUGGUGGAGCUGUAUUGCUGUCUGCUGUGUUCUUGUUGCCAAUUUUUCAUAAUGGAGAUCUUGGGGAUCUAGAUCUAGACCCCAAGUUUAGAGGUCAUGACAUAGUAGCCAGUUUCAUGCUUGAGAAGCCAGUUUCUUUGAUGAAGGAUUAUAUCGUGCAACUUGAGGAUGAUAUUUUUGAUGAAAUAAGUGUUUCCAACACCAAAGUGGAGAUAAUAUCAUUAGAAAAUAUAGCUGGAUCAAACAUAACAAGGGUUAUCUUUGCGGUUGAUUCUGAUAUGAAAAAUAUGAGGAUCUCUCCAACUGCUCUGAGUUUAGUCAGAUCCGAUCUUGAAACUGUAAUUACUCACCAGUCAUUUCUGCGCCUGACGCCAUCUUUGUUUGGGGAUCCUUUUUCUUUCGAUGUGCUGAAACUCAGAGGAGGGAUUACAGUGAUCCCUAAACAAAGUGUAUUCCUUAUGCAAAAUGUGCAGAUCCAAUUCAACUUUACAUUGAACUCCUCUAUUGAUGAAAUUCAAGAUAAAUUUGAUGAACUAACAAGCCAGCUGAAAUCAGGGGUACAUCUUGCAUCAUACGAGAACUUAUAUAUCAAGUUGACUAAUACAAGGGGUUCGACAGUGGAUCCUCCCACUAUUAUCCAGUGUCAAGUUUUUUUAGCAGUUGGGAUUCCUUCCAAUUCUAGGUUGAAGCAGUUGGCUCAGACCAUUGGUUCUAAUUCUAAAAACCUUGGCCUAAAUAACACCGUAUUUGGGAGGGUUAAACAAGUUAGCCUGUCUUCUAUUUUACAACAUUCUCUUGGUGGUAAUGGCGGCAGUCCUUCACCUUCUCCUGCCCCUCAACCUUAUCACCACCAUCAUCACCAUCACCACCAUAGCCACCACCACCACCAAGGUUCAAGUGUUGCUCCUGCAAUUUCACCUGCUCCGAGGGCUGAGAAAGGUGGAUCAAUUAGACGGAAAGUUUCACCAGUGCCAGCAUCUGUACCAGUGCUUGCCCCUGCCCCUGUACAUCCAACUCACAAACGUCAUAAGGCCCAACCUCCUUGUCAUUUUGGGAGAUACCCAAGGAAGGCAAAGAGAAAUCCUCCUGCACCACCACCUUCUGUUCAAGCACCAGUCCCUGCACCUCACAUUGCUCCGUCACCACAUCAACAAACACAUGCUCCAACUCCUAUCCUGCACAAAAUCCCUGUAUCAAGCCCAUUGCCCUCUGUAGUGUAUGCUCAUGCGCAGCCUCCUCCAAGGACACCUUCAGUUGCAGAACCUCCACACAGAACACCUUCUGUUUCAAACUUGAUAUCUUCAUCUUCACCAGGUAUCUAUUCUUCAAACUGGUGGGUGUUCCCGCUGUUUCUACUUCUUGUACCACUUAUAUAGCAGCAAAAUGAAGGAUUUUCCUCCCUCUAGUCGCCGAAAUCUGCCUCUCCAGUAUGAAAAUGAGUUCCACGUAACGUCUCAUCCAAGGCUGAGGGAAACUAAAUUUGAGGAGCUUUGCAAAGAGGGAACAAUGCCAAAAGGGCGUCCCUCGCACCCAAAUGAAUAUAUGUGGUUGUUUGUACUUGUAAAUACUGUAUCGAAGAUUCAGUACCGCGAUGCAUUUUCAGGUUUAAGUCACAGAGGUGACAGGCCUGUAAUGACAUGCAUUACCACUGUUAUGUAUGAUACCUCUUGCGCAAGUGUAAAGAGGUGAAAAAAAAAACUCAACAAAUGUAUAACAAUGCCUUUUUGUUUCUAAUAUAA